AUGCAUUUCUCGAAAACUUACGCGCAAUUACUGCAAGAGCUCCCUCCCGAACUCAGUCAAAAUGCUAUCCAAUAUAGACAGCUCAAGAAACAAAUCAACCAAGUCGUUGUUGAAUUAGCAUCUUUGGGACUUGCUCCGUCUGUACUCCAUGAUCUGUUGAAGUCUGGCGCAGCCGAGGAGAGGGCUAUUGUUUCGUAUGAACUCGACACUCACUCUGGCCACAUCGAACCUCGUCUUCGGCUUCUUGCCGGCCCACCAGCUAUCGAGGCAUCCGACGUUGUCGACCCAGAGGCUGAACAGACGGCAUCACAAAUUGCACUACUGUGGGCAUCGCAGCGGCAGACUCAGAGGCUCGACGGAGACACUGCGCAGGGUGGACUCGUCAUACCUUUGCCGUCAGACUCGGCUUUCUUUGAACUACUCACCACAACGCUCCAAGCCCUCUCCGACAAUCUCCUCACGAUCAGAACCCAGUUCAUUGCAACGCUUUCCGAGUUGACGAAGACCGUGUCGAAUUCGGCCCGUCCUGCCUCAGCUGUGUCGAGCUUCAAGGUCCAUUCAGCGCUCAAUGCGGAUGCAGGAGGUGUUAGAGUCGAUGCCAGUAGUCGCAAAAGCGACCUGUACUCGUGGCGCGAGAUAUUCCAGCUAUAUAUUGAGGCAGAAAUAUUCGAGAGUGUGUCGGAGCAACACCGCGGGGAACGAACGACAGAAGACGCCGAGCACCGCUUGAAGCAAUUUAUUGAACGAGUAACCGCUCGAGCGCUCGGCGACGGACGGACGCUGAGGCUUCCACAAAGCCGGCCAGCACUUGAGUCAUUCUUGCAACUCAACUUGUUCAUCUUGAAUGUCAAGAAGUUUGAAUUGGCUAAUGCCGAAGCGACUCGCAAAAUUCUCAAAAAACAUGCGAAACGGACGGCUUUACCAGCGACCGAUUCCCAGAACAACAACGCGCUCGUAUUGUUGCCAACCAGCCGCACCUCUUUGCCACAGAUCCUCGUUCAGGAGCUAGGAACGACUCUUCUUCCCGUCAUACCAUCGCUAGAGGACUACGCAUGCUUAAUAUGUACAGGCAUCGCAUUCAAGCCCAUUCGACUGAGGUGUGGCCACCUUUUCUGUGUGCGAUGCUUGGUGAAGAUGCAAAAACGGGGUAAUUCUCAAUGUCCGAUGUGUCGCUCGCCGUGUGUCUUGCUAGCAGACAAAUCCAAUGUCGAUUGGGCACUGCUCAACUUUAUGCGCGACUGGUUUCCAGAAGAAGCCAGUCUGAAGUUGAAGCAGAACGAGCAGGAGGCGACCCAGGAGCAGCUGCAUGAGCUGGGUUUAGACCCAGAUCAACGGUGUGUGGUUAUGUAA